UUUUCUUUACGACAAUUACUCUGACUCGGAAGAUAUUCGGAAAUCGGAACUUAAAGCAGCAGAGGAGGGUAUAUCUGAACGGAACUCGAUAAAGAACGACCACCCUUUGUUACCGUUGGUAGUAAUGGGUUAUUCUGCAGGUUUUCUCAUCUAUUCGGGCGUCAUGCCCUUGCUGAAGAUGUUCCUCACCAUCUUCUUCGGGUUUUGGCUGACGAGAAAAGGUUUCUUCACGUCCGCUGCGUCUAGAGGAACCUCCCAGGUAACAAUGAACGUCGCGCUGCCUGGCCUGCUCUUCUCGAAUAUCGUCCCUGCCUUCAACAAGCAAAACGUGUCGGCCAUGGGUCCACUUUUCUUGGUCGCCUUUGUCUACAUGGCCUUGGGACUCUUAUUCGGCGCGUUCAUCCGCGAGUUCUGUUAUGUUCCGCGAAAUUUUUGGGCUGGGAUCUUGAUGGCAACAGCUAUGAGUAACUGGGGAAACUUGCCCACGGCUGUGGUUCUCACUGUCACAGAGCAAAAGCCUUUCGAUCCUGAUACAGACCCACAACUUGGCGUGUCGUACGUUUCAAUCUUUAUUCUUGCGUACAACAUUAUCAUGUGGAUUGGCGGCGCGGCGAACACGCUUGCCUGGGACUACGCUCCAGGUGUACCUCAAGGCGACGAAGCCAACGUUCAUGUCAGCUGGCGCGAAAAGCCCAUAGCUGCCUUCUUCCUGCGUUUACGGGAGGAAAAGCUCCUUGCCCAACCGAAGAAUUCUGAUUGUGAGAAGGCUGACGACGAGAAGGAAGCAGACUCGGGUAAGGAAAAGGUACUAUCAGUCGCCAUGGGAAAGCAACCUGAAAAUGACCUCGGAGAGAUGGAGACCGACCCUGAGAUACAGCUUGCACGCAGGGCCUCGAGGUUAUCCGCCAAUUCUCCUCGACCGAGACGACCUUCUGCUGGUGUUAGUACUCGUCCGCGGGCAGGCUCAUUACUUCCAGCGCCGAAUGCGUCCCAGUCUUCCUUGAAAGAGCUUCCGGACACCGCUGUACAGAGUCUGAAGAGCUCAUCAGUAACGGGCGCACAAGAACAUGGGUUUGCAGAGGACGAGGAGGAAGAGAAACCUGGUCGUUUCACAUCCCUCUUUCCUCCUUUCUUGCGAAGAACCUUCAAACCUUUGUCGAGUCUGUUCACACCCAUCACGAUGAGCAUGUAUAUCGCCAUUCCAGUCUCGCUCAUCCCGCAACUCAAAGCGCUGUUCGUGGAAGUCGACGGCGGUCCUUACUAUCACGGUCCGGAUGGGAAUCCACCAUUGACGUUCAUCAUCAAUACAGCCGAGUUCGUCGGAAACAUUACUGUUCCAAUGGCUCUGAUCUUAUUGGGUGCUUCGUUUGCGCGCAUGAAGAUCCCGCGUCCAUUCAGUAAAAUGCCGUUACCUGCGAUGUUUUGGGUGUCGUUCUGCAAACUGGCUUUGCUCCCGGUGAUUGGUAUACUUCUUACCCAGGUGCUAACACACCGUGGUGUCAUACCCAAAGACGCGCUGGUCGAGCGUUUUGUUGCUAUGCUGUUGAGCGGAACACCGUCAGCUGUGAAUCAACUGAUUGUAACACAACUGUACGCGAAGGAUCAUGAUCUAGACACACUAUCAGCUUUCCUAUUGUUACAAUACAUCUUCAUGUUUAUUUCAACUGCAACUAUAACUGCAAUAGCGCUUUCACUCCUAUAGAUUCUGGAACCGACCGGGCGUGUUUAUUUAGGACCUACCCACUAGACAUAUAGACAAACUUCUACUUGUAUACAGUCUCGUUAGCGUAUACAGCAUUUUUUCACGUUUAAUA